UCACCACCAUCGCUCCACCCGGCCGCAUCGUCCCUCGCCGCUCCAUAGCGACGCCUCCACACGCUCAGCAGCCGCGCUGCGGACAGGCUUGACGCCUUGCUGUGCUGCCACCUCGGGCUCGCUGCCACCAUGGCCGCGGCCGUGAGCAGCGCACUGGCGCCCGAAGCGCGAGGCCUCCUGCCGGCCCUGCCGCGCGACAACGGCGAAGGGCCCAGCCGUCACCACCUGCGCUCCGCGAGCCGAUCACGAACGCCCUCUGAUGUUGAUCGCAAGGUGCUUGACCGUGGUGCGCUGCAGCGGCCGGUGUCCGAGGCGCCCAGCAGCCCGCUCAGCGAGGUCCCGCCGUCGCUCUACGAGUCUGAGCCCGAGGCCGUAGACGAGAAAGCAGUGUCUGCAGCCUCUUUCAGCCUGCAUGGACUGUUGCAGUCUCCGGGCAGCCGAUUCGUGGCGCCGAGGACGGAGGACGCCCGCCGUCUGGGACCUGCAGAGGCGCGUGCGCUCGUCGAAGAAGUGGUCAUCAUGGCGCGCCAGCCUCUGGUGCUCACGCACUGCGACGGGAGCAACGAGUGGUCUCAGAGUUGGAACAUGAGCAAUUGCCGUCGCGGUCUUGCUUACCCAGACCUGCUCGAUCGAGGAUCGGGCGCAGCUGCGCGCCGCCACAAAUUCUACGCAGCAGGCGCCGCAGAGCUGAGCGAGACACCAGAUGCCUGGGAAGCUCGUCUUGGCAAGGGCAGAGACCGUCAAGCCGAUGCUCAGCGCUGGGCCAGCAAUCAGCGCAGAGAUGGGUUCGCGAGCCGGGUUACGGCUGUUGACGAGGCGCUGAGAGUGCUGGGUGAUGGCCCUCCCACGUACAGCUACUCCGUGCGCGGCAUUGUGCAUUACGGCGAGCCGCUCCCGUCAGAUGCCUCUGGCCCACAGAUCCAGUCGCGUCUGCUGCCCGCGAUGCCUGUUCCAACGCCGGCAACAGCAGUGCCGCCGAUGCCAUGGGACCUGCGACAGACCGGCGAUCCGUGCACGCUGGACGUCGCCGGAAACGACAGCAUCGAGCCGCUCUGCAAGGCCCCUUGCGCAGCCGUUCAGACUGUGAGACAGUCGCGGACGGCCAUAUGCGAUAGCUCAGCCGCUGAUUAGUGCUCCCGCCGCAAACGCAGAGCGCGAUGGUGCAUGCUGAAGCAGGUGCGACAUCGCUGUGGGUCAUGACUGGCACCGCCGACGCCGAAGCGCUUGCCGAGCAUUGCGCGACCAUCGGCAAGCACCUGGACGUCGGAGAGCGCGCCUUGUCUGUCGAUGAGCUGCGCGCGGCUCCUCCAACCGUCGUGAUGUACGUC